UGUGAUUGACGUUUUGUUUUUGGAAGCUCAAAGACUUGUGAUUUCCAAAGAAAUUGAAUAUUUUUUUGGUAAUGAAAAAUAAUUAGACUUAAGGAACCUCCUCCUCCUCCUUCUUCUCUUUUGUCUCUAUCCCAUUUGAUCCGAGAAGUGAUUUUGAUUUUCCAGAAGCGGAAAACCAUUUGGAUUUUACAUUUUGAAUGGAGAGAUUUAGAAAAGCAUACGACAAGCUAAAAGAUUCCACGAAGGUUGGCUUAGCCAAGGUCAAAAGCGAAUUCAAGGAUUUAGAUAUUGCCAUUGUUAAAGCAACAAACCACGUUGAGAGCCCUCCAAAAGAAAGGCAUAUUGCAAAGAUUGCUGUUGCAACAUCGAUAACAUGCCCACGAGCAGAUGUUACCUACUGCAUUCAUGCACUUAACAGACGAUUGUCAAAGACACGCAACUGGAUUGUUGUCAUAAAGACGCUGAUAGUUAUUCAUAGGGUGUUGCGAGAAGGCGAUCCUUCAUUUAGGGAGGAACUGCUGCGCUACUCUCAAAGAGGGCAUAUUUUUCAACUAUCAAACUUCAAGGAUGACUCAAGUCCUCUUGCUUGGGAUUGCUCAGCCUGGGUAAGGACAUACGCGCUCUUUCUGGAGGAAAGACUCGAGUGCUUUAGGACUUUAAAAUAUGAUAUUGAGGCAGAAAGAUUGACCAAAACUUCAGCUGGAACAGACAAGGUGCAUUGUAGAACAAGGCUUUUGAAUGGCGAAGAACUUUUAGAGCAGCUUCCAGCAUUACAGCAGCUUCUGUAUCGAUUGACUGGUUGCCAGCCUGAAGGAGGAGCUUGCUAUAACUUUCUCAUUCAGUAUGCCUUGGCUCUGGUGUUGAAGGAGAGUUUUAAGAUCUAUUGUGCAAUCAACGAUGGGAUAAUCAAUCUUGUGGACUUUUUUUUUGAGAUGUCCAAGCAUGAUGCUAUAAAAGCUCUCGACAUAUACAAACGAGCUGGGCAACAGGCUGAAAAUCUAGCUCAUUUUUAUGACUUCUGCAGAGGCUUGGAUAUAGCUCGAACCUUUCAAUUUCCCACAUUGAAACAGCCUCCUACUUCAUUUCUGGCAACGAUGGAGGAAUACAUUAGAGAAGCACCUCAAACGGGCUCCAUGCCAAAUAAUAGGCUGGAGUAUCAAGAAACCAAGAAGAAACCUGAAAAGCCUGAAGAGCCUUUCCCUGAAGUAAGUGAAAAACAAGUUGAAGAAGCUAAAAAUAAUAAAGUAACACAGGUUGAAGCACAAAACGAAACACUACCUGUGAAAGAAGAAGAAACCCCACCAUUGAUAUCAAGAGAAGAGCCUGCUGAUUUGCUGGGUUUGAAUCAACUGGAUCCAAGAGUUGCAGAACUAGAGGAAAGCAAUGCAUUGGCUCUUGCAAUCAUACCGCCUGGCAAAGAAAAUCCGUCAGCUAAUUAUCAAGCGAGUGAAACUGGAAAAACAUCAGGUUGGGAAUUGGCUCUUCUUACAGCACCAAGUAACAAUAGAAGCCAAAUUGCACCAGAUAAAAAAUUGGCUGGAGGAUUCGACAAGCUACUACUCGACAGUUUAUAUGAAGACAAUGCAUCGAGGAGGCAAAUACAGCUGCAACAGGCAGGCUACAGCACAGGGUAUGGGUAUGAAAUGCCUGGACAGAGUUCAAUCAAUCACGAUGACCCCUUUGCAAUGUCAAACCAGAUAGCCCCUCCAACAAACGUACAAAUGAUAGUGUCUCAGCAGCAACAACAACAAAUGAUGCAACAGCAGCAGAUGAUGCAACAACAGCACAUGAUGCUACAGCAGCAACGGCCACAACAAAAUAUGAUGAUGGUACAAUAUCAACACCAAUAUUCUCAACAAACGUGGUACACGGGAUCUUCCAACCCAUUCGGAGAUCCUUUAAUUUAUCCACAAAGCGCCAUGCCACCACAGAGAAACCAUCCUUUGAUUUAGAUGACGACUUUUCUUUAACAAGAAUACCGUAUUCUUCUAUUCUUUCUGGUUAGAAGAAUUCUCAUUCUCCUUCAAAACUAAUACAUUUAACCAAUGACCUUCUCCUUUUA